ACACAGAGUAGUCUCCCUUUACCAUGGCGUCAAAUAUGUUUGGGACAAAGACAUUUGGUGAAAAACCACAAAAAUUUCAGAUAGAGGAAGGCGAAGAAUAUUAUUAUGUCGGAUCAGAAGUUGGAAACUAUUUGCGUAUGUUCCGUGGAUCCCUUUAUAAACGCUAUCCCUCGUUAUGGAGAAGAUUAAUGACAGUGGAAGAGAGAAAGAAAGUCUCCACCUUAGGAAGUGGACAGCCUGCAUUGGCUACAAAUAUAACUCUGUUGAAGGGGUCAGAAGUAGACCAGAUAUUUGAAGGCAAUGAUGAAAAAUUUAAAACCUUGUCAAUCAACAGUGAACCUACUUUUAAUACAAGUGGGCUGAAACAGAAAAGGGGAAGUAACUGGGUACCAACAGUACCUAGUAGUUCUCAUCACCUUGAUGCUGUUCCCUGUUCUACUCCUAUAAAUAGAAACAGACUUGGAAAAUCUAAAGUACGGACAUUCCCUACAUGUUUUGACGACUCUGAUCCUGCUCAGAUCCACGAUAAUUCUAACCAACCAGAACAGCUGAUACCAAUUAGACUCGACAUGGAAAUAGAUGGACAGAAACUUCGAGAUUGCUUCACUUGGAAUAAAAAUGAGGGUUUGGUCUCACCUGAACAGUUUGCUGAGAUCCUAUGUGAUGAUUUAGAUCUGAAUCCUAUUAAUUUUGUCCCCGCUAUAUCACAAGCUAUCAGACAACAGAUUGAUGCCUAUCCCACAGAUAAUUUGUUAGAUCAACAAUCUGACCAGAGAGUUAUAUUAAAGCUAAAUAUACAUGUUGGUAAUAUAUCUCUGGUAGAUCAGUUUGAAUGGGAUAUGUCUGAACCAGAUAACUCACCAGAAGAAUUUGCCAAUAAAUUAUGUGCUGAAUUAGGUCUAGGUGGUGAAUUUGUUACAGCAAUCUCAUAUAGUAUAAGAGGACAGUUAAGUUGGCAUCAAAGAACUUAUGCUUUCAGUGAAGCACCAUUACCAACAGUAGAAGUAGCCAUUAGAAACCAAAAUGAGGCUGAUUCUUGGUGUCCAUUUCUAGAAACAUUAACUGAUGCUGAGAUGGAGAAAAAGAUCAGAGAUCAAGAUAGAAACACAAGGAGAAUGAGAAGAUUAGCCAACACAGCACCAGCAUGGUAGAGAGCAUUGAACAAAGAAGUGUUUAUCAUUAUCAUUAUCAUCACUACACAAUGAUUUGUUCUACCCACCAAAUGUGUUUGACAUUGUUCAUUUUGUAUAAAUGUAUGAAUGCAUUUUCAACAAUAUGCUUCAAAGAUGUCAGAUUUGAUUCAAAUUUGUGUGUAUAAGUGUGUUUGAGAAUAGUAUGAAACAGUCCAUUUUACAUAUGUAUGUAAAUAUAGUUAGAUAUUGAAUAUCUGAACUCUGAUUUUCUCAGCAGCUACAAACAGUAAUGUUACAGAGUAUUUUGUGGUGUAAUAGAUCAACAGUUAAAUAAUUCAGAUCAAAUUUCUAUGAUUGUUUUGCUCACUGCCAGAUUAUUUGAAGGUAUUAAAUAAUUCAUCUGUGUUAUAAACAUGUACUUUAUGUCUUCAUGAACAUCAAAUAUUUGUAUACAUGUACCAGAGUUAAUAUUAAGUAUGUAAGAAUUUUAAAACUUGUAAGAUAUACAGAAUCACAUUGAAUUUUACUAGCUACAAAACCUUAGCAAUUAUUUUGAAUGACUUCAGUCAAUAUAUAAUGGAUUGUCUCCCUUACACUGUAAUUUGUUCUGAGUACUGGAAUGGAUGUUGAAUGUUAUGCUUUGUAUGUAUUAUAAUGUGCAAUAAAAAUAAUUAAUAUCUGA